AACCCUUGAUCCACAAAGAAAACGUGGAGGACCCAAAUUGAGUUUUUUUCUUUCCCUCACAGAAAAAUGGUGAAAACGAAGCAGUAUUGGCUGCUGAAAACGGAACCAGGAGAGUGGUCAUGGGAAGACCAAGCAGCAAACGGAGGCGUAACCAAAUGGGACGGCGUAAAGAACAAGCAAGCCCAGAAACACCUCAAGUCCAUGAAGCUGGGCGAUCUCUGUUUCUUCUACCACUCCGGCGCCACCGCUCGCCGUGUGGUGGGGGUGGUCACCGUCGUAAAGGAAUGGUACGCUGAGGGCAGUGAUGUAAACAGUGAGGCCGUCGUGGAUGUGAAAGCGGUCGGGGAGAUGAGGAGGCAAGUGGACUUAAAGGACAUGAAACAGGAUGGGGAACUGAAAGGGUUUGUCAUGUUUAGGCAGCCGAGGUUGUCGGUCUUGUCGGUGCCGGAGAAGGUGUGGGAGAGGGUUUGUGAAUUGGGGAAUGGGUUCGAAGGGGAUGGCUUUGAGAUUGGGGAGGAGGAUGCUGAGGUUUAAAACAAGGAUGGGUUU